CUUGCAAUGCAGUUUUAUUUUAUUGGAUACAGCAUUCUUUCAUUGUUGAAAUUUUUUUAUCUUCCGAUAUAUAUAUAUAUAUAUAUAUUUAAUUAAAAGUCUGUAAAAUAUAACCUAAAUAAUCAAUCGAUAGCCUGUGUGAACUGUUUCGAUCUGUUCUAAAUCAUGAUGCAGGAAAAUCCAUGUAAAUGUGCUUGUUGAGUGGACUGACUGGACGGUAAUAAAAAUGGCGACGAGAAAUGUGAAAUCUGCAACAGUAGGCCUAUUCGAUCCAGCGGAGAAUCUGCAAUCAACAAAUACUUUAAAGCGCCAUCCUAAUCCAGAUUGGAGUAAAUCUGAUUUAUUAAGACUUCUCAGUUAUUUUGAAGGAGAAUUACAAGCUAGAGACAUUACUAUUGCUGCUUUGAGAGCAGAAAAAUCCAAACAGCUUUAUUAUCAGGCUAAAUAUGGCAGAUUUGGUCUUGGAGAUCCGUUUAUGGCAUUACAGCGAGACUCUGACAACACCAAAGAUAAUAUAUUUGAUGAAUCUGCCAUUAAAUCAAUGUAUGAUAAUCAGUUAGCCCAACUUGAAAACCUAAUAGCCACACAACGGAAAGCUCAACUUAAAAUGAGGGAACAACUUGCUAAUUCAGAGAAAAGAACACAGAAGAUUUGUUCAGAGCUUGAAGAUGAAAAGUGCAAACAUGCCCAAGAUACUGCACAAGGAGAUGAUGUUACGUAUAUGCUGGAAAAAGAAAGGGAGAGACUAAAACAAGAAAUUGAUUUUGAAAAGGGUCAGGUGAAAAGACUAGAAAAAGAUUUAAAGAAAAUGUUGUCAAGUCUUGAAGAGGAAAGGUCCAAUUCUGUUAAACAUAAAGAGAUUGCUAUAAUGCUGAUCAAAGAACGUAAUCAAAUGCUUGAUAAAGUAUCUCAUCAUAAACAUAGAUCUAAUGAAAGAUUCCCCAUAGAUGAUCAGGAAAUAGGGAACAUGGAAGGAACAUGUGAACAUAAGAAUAUAGAAGUAGCUAUUGAUAAACUACCACAUGAUGUUGAACAUGAACAGCUUAAGAGUAGACUAGCAUAUGAAGAGUCAAAGAAUAAAGACCAGUUCUUGAGCAUAGGAUCUUUGAAUAAACAAAUUGAGUCUUUAACAAUUCAGUUGCAAAGCAUGUUAGAGCGGUCAGCAACCCGUGAAUCUAUACAAAGUAUUGAAAUGAAAUCCAGUGUUACACCACAUUGUAUUAUUUCCAAUUCACCUUGUAGCAAACCAACACCAAAAAAUGUCAAACCUGUGUUGGACAGCCGUCUAAUUGACCAGUCUGCUCAUGCACAAUCUCUAGUAGGAAAAGAGGUUCAUGGAGUAAAUCAGCACCCAACUCUUUUAGCCACACAAGGAAAUGAAGUAGGCAGUAGCGCCAUUGUUGAUAGAUCGAUAGCUGAGAACAUCAAUGUAGCUUCAGGUAGUAAUGCUACAGUAUUUUUGCAACCGAUAAGAAAAAUAUCUCUUCAUUUGGGACAGAGUGUGGGGAAUACCAAAAAAACAAUUCAAGGAGUUAGAGGCACACCACCACCUCUUCCACCGAAUAAACCUGUGUUAUCUUAUGGGACUAAACCAACACCUCCCCCGAAAGUUGGCAUUACUAUCUCAAAAGAUACAAUAAUUGUUUCUGAGGUGGAUGCACUUCAUGCUAAUUCCCCAAAAGGUGUUCAAAUUCCUGUUAAUGUUGUUAGAGAACAAUCGGUGCCACCCUAGUCAAGGAAAUCGAAAGAUGAUUCACCUGUUAGACAAAGAGAUUCUGUUUGUGUUAAUGCUAAAUAAAAAAGCAAGAUUUUAUAGAUGAAAAAUGAACAGUUAUCAGAAAUUAAAUGUGCAAUAUC